AGAAGAAAUAGAAGAAGAAGAAGAGGUCUAAUGGCGGCGAUGCUGGUGGUGGGAGUGCCAUGGAUAAGAAUCAGUCUGAUACCUAAGGAGGUGGCGCCGCCAAUUUUCCGCCAAUCAUCGCUUUACUGUCGCAAUGGCAGUGCAAAGAACAGCCAGAGUGUCUACUAUCACUGCUUCCCGAAGAGAGCGUUCUCAGUUUCUGCUUCAUCUACAGAAACCUACUCUCCUCUGAAUAGAGGAGCAAAAGGAGAGGAAGUUCGGGUUCGUUUUGCUCCAUCGCCUACCGGAAAUCUCCACGUCGGAGGUGCCAGAACUGCUCUUUUCAAUUACCUAUUUGCCCGGUCCAAGGGUGGGAAGUUUAUUCUCCGAAUUGAAGACACCGACUUGGAAAGAUCAACAAGGGAGUCGGAGGAAGCCGUGCUUUCUGAUCUUUCUUGGCUUGGUCUCAAUUGGGAUGAAGGUCCUGGCAUUGGUGGAAACUAUGGUCCUUACAGGCAGUCCGAGAGGAAUUCACUUUACAAGGAAUAUGCAGAAAAACUUUUACAAUCUGGUCAUGUUUACCGCUGUUUCUGCUCUAAUGAGGAACUAGAGAAAAUGAAAGAGAUAGCAAAAUUGAAGCAGUUGCCUCCAGUAUACACAGGAAAAUGGGCCAGUGCCACUGAAGAGGAAGUGCAAGAAGAGUUGGAAAAGGGGACCCCAUAUACCUAUCGGUUUCGAGUACCUAGUGAAGGGAGGUUGAAAAUUGACGACCUCAUCCGUGGUGAGGUAAGUUGGAAUCUAGACACUCUUGGGGAUUUUGUUAUCAUGAGAAGUAAUGGACAACCUGUAUACAAUUUCUGUGUCACUGUUGAUGAUGCUACCAUGGCUAUCUCACAUGUUAUAAGAGCAGAAGAGCAUUUACCCAACACUCUAAGACAAGCUUUAAUUUAUAAGGCCCUUGGUUUUCCAAUGCCUUCCUUUGCACAUGUUUCUUUAAUUCUUGCUCCAGAUAGAAGUAAACUUUCGAAACGACAUGGUGCAACUUCAGUAGGUCAGUUCAAGGAGAUGGGUUAUUUGCCUCAGGCUAUGGUAAAUUAUCUUGCACUGUUGGGAUGGGGUGAUGGUACUGAAAAUGAAUUUUUCACCCUUGAGCAACUUGUUGAAAAGUUCACAAUUGAACGUGUAAAUAAAGCUGGUGCCAUUUUUGAUUCCACAAAGUUAAGGUGGAUGAAUGGCCAACAUUUGAGAUCUCUACCAUCAGAAGAGUUAAUACAAAUCAUUGGUAGCUGCUGGAAGGAUGCUGGCAUUCUUACAGAAUCAGGGGGUGAUUUCAUACAAGAGGCUGUCCAGCUAUUGAAGGACGGAAUCGACUUGAUAAGCGAUUCAGAGAAAGCUCUUUCAAACUUACUAUCUUAUCCUUUUCAUGAAACCUUGUCAAGUCCUGAAGGAAAACCUGUUCUUGAAGAUCGACUUUCUGAAGUUGCGGAGAGCUUAGUAGCUGCCUACUCUAGUGGGGAGCUCUUUGGUGCACUUGAAGAAGGCCAACCCGGGUGGCAGAAGUGGGUAAAGAGCUUUGGUAAAUCACUGAAGCGGAAGGGAAAAUCUCUGUUCAUGCCCCUUAGGGUCUUGCUAACUGGAAAGCUUCACGGCCCUGAUAUCGGGUCGAGUAUUGUUUUGCUGUAUAAAGCUGGUAAUUCAGGCGUUGUAGCAUCUCAAGUUGGGUUUAUACCGUUGGACGAAAGAUUUAAAAUGCUCAGAGAAGUUGACUGGGAAUCCUUCAGUAAAGAUCCGCCUAUACUGGAGUCUGCCGGUGCUGCAACUCAUUGAGGUAGACUGUAACUUGCGUUCCUUGAGUUCUUCUGUGAUGACCUUUCGUCGUGCUCAUUUUUCAGAUUGCCGAUUGUUUUUUGGUCGACUCGGCCUUGAGUACUGUGCAAUAACUUUUGAGGUCGCGUGAGUUUUAAAAUCGUUAACGAAGCAGCUUGUAAAUGUGAGUUAAACAAGGAGAUGGGAGUUUUUACAGCUUUUCCAGGUAUAAAUGGUUUAUACUCCUAAUGUGAUGAUGAUUUUGAGAAAUCUUUGUGAUGGUGAAUAUAUAUGAUGGAUGUGAUACAAUUUUUUACAUAG